ACUAUUUUAUCCACUGAAGCCUGAAGUGAUUAUUCACUACAGAUCUCUCUUUAGUGACGAUUAUUGAGUAGCAGUGGUGGAGCUCCGGAUCUCUCCUGAUGGAUUUACACACUGUGUGCUGCAGUCUGCUUCUGCUACUGACAUGUUCAGGUCGAGGUUUUGGCCAAGUGUUGGAAUUACCUGAGAGUAUAAAUAAAACAGUUGGGGAGAAUGUAGUAUUUACCCCAAAACGUCUUCCUGAUCCUCCUCACUACAUAGUCAGAUGGAGUUUUAAAACAACGACCAUUCUUACUGGACCACCGAAUGGAUUUAUUAUAACAGCACCGUACAAAGGCAGAGUCAGUUUUAACACCACAUCUUUAGCUCUGGAGCUCAGGAGCCUGACUGAGAGUGAUACUGGACAAUAUGUACUGAUUGUAGACACUACAACUAGUUACAUUGCUCACACCUCACUGCUGGUGCUUGUUCCAGUCACCAAUGUUACCAUAGUACCAAGUCAAACAGAGCUGGUUGAAAACAACACUGUGAGUUUUGUCUGCUCUGCAUCUGGUUCCUCUCUCUCAUUUAUUUGACUGAAUGGCAGCUCUGAGAUAAUGGCAGGGGAGCGAGUCCAGAUAACAGACAACAACAGCAAUCUGACCAUUACCAGUGUGAUGAGAGGUGACACAGGCCCAUACGAGUGUGAGGCAUACAACAGCAUCAGCAGAAAAAAGAGUCUCCCAUUCAGCCUCAUCAUUUACUAUGGUCCUGAAAAUGUUGCUGCAGCAGCAGAUCCAGAGGAACCCUUCUACAGUUCUGGGUCUAAUCUCAAAUUAAACUGCUCAGCUGAGUCCAGGCCUGCUGCUGAGUUUCAGUGGGCUGUGAAUGGAUUAGAGCUUGGUGAAAUGGGCCAAGAGCUCAAACUGUACAACAUUCAGAUCAGUCAAAGUGGUAAUUACACCUGUAUAGCCCAUAACACACAGACCCUACAAUACUCUGUGUCUGAACCCAUCAGCAUCACUAUACUAGAUAGUGGGAGUGAAGGAGGAGAUGGAGAUUCACUGUCUGCAGGAGCUAUAGCUGGGAUUGUUAUUGGAGUUUUAUUAGCUAUUGCUGCAAUUGCUGGUUUGAUUUUCUAUUUUGUGAAAGUAAAAGAAGUGCCAAGAACAAACUCCAGAGGAAAUAACCAGAGUGGAGCAACACAUAAUGCAGGUGGACAUGAUACAUACUAUGAAAAUAUGGUCGGUUCCCAAAAUAAGAACCCUGUGAUGCGUCAUACACCUAACCCUGAUGAGGGAGUAAUAUAUGAAAACCCCGCACGAGGUUACAGGUAUAGUGCUGCAAGUAAUCACAGCUGUGCUGAUAUUCACUACAACUGCAAGAAAUUGAUGAGUAACGGACAUUUCAGACAUAGUAUUACCAAAGAAUUCGAGUUUGAUCGCAACGGUUCAUCUCGGUCAUAUCGAGUGAAUAAUCGGCACAAUUCUCUCUUUAGGGACGAUUAUUGGUCUUUCCUGAUGGAUUUACACGCUGUGGGCUGCACUCUGUUUCUGCUGCUGACAUGUUCAGGUCGAGGCUUUGGCCAAGUGUUGGAAUUACCUGAGAGUAUAAUUAAAACAGUUGGGGAGAAUGUAGUAAUUACCCCAAAACGUCUUCCUGAUCCUCCUCACUACGCAGUCAGAUGGAGUGUUAAUGAAACGAUCAUUCUUACUGGACCACCGAAUGGAGUUACUAUACCGCCACCGUACAAAGACAGAGUCAGUCUGGACACCACAUCUUUAGCUCUGACGCUCAGGAGCCUGACUGAGAGUGAUACUGGACAAUAUGUACUGACUGUAGACACUACAACUAUUUACACUGCUCACACCUCACUGCUGGUACUUGUUCCAGUCUCCAACGUUACCAUAGUACCAAGUCAAACAGAGCUGGUUGAAUUCAACACUGUGAGUUUCGUCUGUUCUGCAUCUGGCUCCUUUCUUUCAUUUAUUUGGCUGAAUGGAAGCUCUGCGAUAACGGCAGGGGAGCGAGUCCAGCUAACAGACAACAACAGCAAACUGACCAUUACCAGUGUGAGGAGAGGUGACACAGGCCCAUACGAGUGUGAAGCAUACAACAGUAUCAGCAGAAAUAGGAGUCUCCCAUUGAACCUUACCAUUUACUAUGGUCCUGAAAAUGUUGCUGCAGCAGCAGAUCCAGAGGAACUCUUCUACAGUUCUGGGUCUAAUCUCAAAUUAUACUGCUCAGCUGAGUCCAGGCCUGCUGCUGAGUUUCAGUGGGCUGUGAAUGGAACAGAGCUUGUUGAAAUGGGCCAAGUGCUCAAACUGAACAACAUUCAGAUCAGUCACAGUGGCAAUUACACCUGCAUAGCCCAUAACACACAGACCCUACAAAACUCUGUGUCUGAACCCAUCAGCGUCACUAUACUAGUGCUAGUCUCCAAUGUUGCCAUAACACAAAGUCUAAAAGAAGUUGAACUCAACAACACUGUGAGUUUCGUCUGCUCUGCGUCCGGCUCCUCUCUUUCAUUUAUUUGGCUGAAUGGCAGCUCUGAGGUAACAGCAGGGGAGCGAGUUCAGCUAACAGACAACAAUCGAAAUUUGACCAUUUUCAGUGUGAUAAGAGGUGACACAGGCCCAUACGAGUGUGAAGCAUACAACAGCAUCAGCAGAAACAAAAGUCUCCCAUUUAGCCUCACCAUUUACUAUGGCCCUGAAAAUGUUGCUGCUGCAGUAGAUCCAGAGGAACCCUUCUACAGUUCUGGGUCUAAUCUCAAAUUAAACUGCUCAGCUGAGUCCAGGCCUGCUGCUGAAUUUCAUUGGGCUGUGAAUGGAACAGAGCUUGUUGAAAAGGGCCAAGUGCUCAAACUGAACAACAUUCAGAUCAGUCACAGUGGCAAUUACACCUGCAUAGCCCAUAACACACAGACCCUACAAUACUCUGUGUCUGAACCCAUCAGCAUCACUAUACUAGACUCAGGUGGUGUUGGAGGAGAUGAAGGUUCACUGUCUGCAGGAGCGAUUGCUGGGAUUGUUAAGUUUUGUUGAGUUUUAUUAUGUGUUGCUGCAAUUGCUGGAUUGAUUUUCUACUUGGUGAGAGACAAAAAAAAGUCAGAAACAAACUCCAGUGGAAAUAGGCAGAAUGGAGUAACACCAAAUGAAGGACAGCAUGAAUUACAUUAUGCUGAAGUCCGCCACAAUCGGAAAAAUCAAGGGCAGCCUGGAUUAACAGCCACAACAACGGCUCCCACACCUUCUUAUGUGCCUGGGAAUAAUAAGACAGCAACAUCUAAUCCUGCAGGGCAAAUCAUUUAUUCUGAUGUGAGGAAUUUAUAGAGUGAUGCGACAUCGUUAGAGGUGGACCACACUUCUGAACGCCUCCUUAAAAAAUGCACAUUUCAGGAAUUGUUCAAGAGCCAAAUGUGGAUUUGAUUUACCAGCCAUCGACGUGGAAAAGAUAAUCAUCAAUCCAAGAUCUUAGUGUAACUGAUUGUUUUUCUCUGAAGAUUCUGCUCAAUUAGGAACAGGUAUAUAGGUAUAGCCAUUUCAGUGCAACUCUGUGUCGAUUCCCUGAAAAACAGACCCUGACUGUGUUUAUAACCUUUGGACUCUGUUCCUCAGGGAACUGAAAUGAGGAAGUAAUAAAAGUUAGAAAUUAACUGGAUUUUUCAAAUAAAAAGCAGUGCAAUGUUUCCCGACAUAAAGCAAUAUAAAAUCAUAAAUUUCAUACUUUAUUCUAAAAGAAAAUGCAAAUAUUUUUGUAAUAUAUUUUUGUUUCAUCUAGGCCUAUGCCAUUUUGUCCAAAAUGUCUGUAUAUAAUUGUUUUAACAAUGCUAGGAAUUCACACAAAACCACAGAAAGUUGUUAGAAUUUUUAUUUAACUUAUUAACUCAUGCUCUCAGCUCUUUAUUUAGCAUUUAACUAAACUUCACUGUAUCUGUGACCAAUGUUUCAUUUACUGAUUUAUUGAAGAAUUUAUGCUGUUUAUUUUCCCUAAAAUUACUGUGACUAAACAAACAAUAAAGCUCAUUUUGCUGUCAUUCAUAA